CGUGCACUUCGGCCGGACUGGCGGCGCGGAGAUGCCGCAGGGCCCGGGGGAGGCGGCGGUGGCGGUGGCGGCGCCGGGCGGCGGGCGCGGGACGCUGCGCUCCCCCAACAGCCGCGAGCCGGCGCAGGUGAUCUUCCGCAACUGGAGCCCGCGCCUGGUGCUGCCGGUGUGGCUGGACUUCGAGGGCAGGCCGCAGAGCUACCCCGUGCUGCAGCCCGGCACCGGUCGCCGCAUGCACAGCUACGUGGGGCAUCUUUGGCUAUUCAGAGAUGCGGGGACAGAUGACAGACUUCUUGUCAACAAGAUGGAGCUGUUUGAGCCUACUCGCAACGUGGAUGGGAACUACAUAUUGGCAGACAUCACACUACCUGUGUUCACCCUGAAAGAGAGAUGCCUUCAGGUUGUUCGCAGUCUGGUAAACCCAGUGGACUACAGGAGAUUGGACAUUGUUCAGUCUUUAUAUGAAGAGUUAGAAGAUCAUCCCAACAUUAGGAAGGAUAUCAUUCGGCUGUCUCUGGAAAGAAGUGAAAUGCUAAGGAAUGGAGCUCCUGAAUAAAACUGAACAUCAUUCAUUCCAAACUCUUGAACAGGAAAGAAAUCUUCCCUGGCAAACUACUAAGUUUAAAUGGUGUUCAUCACACUGAACCAUUUCAAGAGCUGAGUAGACAUUUGCAUUUCAUGCUCUGAAGGGUGUCUACGCUCUGUUGGUUUCAAUAUGUAACACUUACUAGGAUGGACCAGAUUCAGGAGGCUAAACAGUAUACAUAUGUAAAAUGCCAAGGGGAGCUGUUCAAAGGCAACUGACCAAAUCCUGCUGCCCUUUGUACACACGUGAGCUAACUGAUGUUAGUGGCCUUGUGCAGGUGGAACCAAGAACAAGAUCUUGUUGUUUCUCAGAAUAAACAUAGCUGAAUGCAUUUCUGAUACAGUAAGUGUAAUAUAAAAUGGGUUUGCUCAUUAUCAUUCUCUUUUGAAAGAUACAAAUACAGAUGAUUUCCACAGGCUUAGAAAAUAAGCUACACAGAAGAUUAAUUUGACCUAGGCUGUGAAGGCUAUAAUUGCCUGAAUGAUUAAGAACCUAAUACUCUUUUUACUUCAGUGAAGUUUCACCUAAACACAUCAGGGUUUUAAGUUACUCCUAGUUCAGAUCCUAGUGCUACCCCUUCAGGGAUACAGAGCACUUGUGAAUUAAAUAUCCUACCCAUGUCGUUUGUAGGUCAGUUGAUCCAAAACAUGCUGAAAUCAGUGGAAAGCAGAUUCAUAUGAGUAUAUGGGGGCUUUUUUGCCCCUUUUCUUCAUGCCAUGUAUCAGCACUGAGGCUAGCACAAAGUGUCGGACAACAUUUCUGGAUUAAUUUAAACUAUUUUUAUAGAGGCCAUUAUCAAGGUUUCCUGUUCGUCUUUUCACUGUUGGAUCUUAUCUACACUAGUUCCAUACAUUGGUAUGCACCAAAUGAACAGAACACCAUUUUCUUAACCAGCAUUGUGUCGUGUGUGUCUGUCCGUCUGUCCCCGUCCCGUUCUCCCCCCCCCCCCCUUCUUGAUUGGAUACACACAAACUAUAUUUUUUUUGUUUAACAAAUAUUAAGGUAUUCAUCAAACAGCACUAUGCAAUGUUAGGAGCAGAUCUCCAAAGAAACCAUUCUGUCAGUGUUUAAUAUUGCACAUUUAUUUCCUAUGAAUUCCAUACACUCCAAGGAAACUGCUGUGAAACUAAAUGAUUGAUAUAGCCUGUACAGUAAUUUUUAAAUGUCUCUUCCACUUUUUGUAAACUUGUUAGCUUUUCUUAAAAUAUCAAGUGUCUGAUCUGUUCUUUAUUCUCUGUUAUAAAAUGUAAAUAUGUAUUAUCUAUAUAUUUUUUUUAACGAUUCUGUUGUUUGUCAAAUACCUUCAUAGUCAUCUCCUGUUUUUGCAUUACUGAAGAAUAACUGAUAGCAACUUAAGCAAAAAUGUACGCUUUAAAAGUUAUCAGUCUUGCUGGUGACAAAAUUUGAUCCCCGCAGACUUCCUACCUAUGGCAGGCGGGUGGACUCGAUCUCGCAAGGUCCCUUCCAGCCCCUAAUGUUUAUGAAAUCUAUGAAAAUGUAAUUAGUACAGACGCUGCCUAUGAAAGUAGCUAAAUAUUUUCCCUUGAAAUUCCUUGCAUACUCCAACUUGUGGCCCCAGCUAUUGCUGAUGAAGCUACAGUGAUAAGUGUUCUAGCAUAGACAAAAGCACUGGUAGUUACCAAAAUAUGUACCAUGCUCUCUUUUUGCUGAUAAGAAAUGAGAAUAAUAUUGUGGCAAGAAGCCCCAGUGACCCUAAGGCUACACUAGAACUCACACACUCAUCUAUCACUAGUGGAACUCUAAUAAAGGUAUUAAAUGAGAAAUUUUAA